UGAAAUUGAAGGAGUAUGCUUAAAAUGUAGUAAUGGAUAAGUAAUGUGAUGAUAGUAUUAUUUGCUUAUCUUUAGUUAUAACUAUAAUCUUGACAAUUAUGAUGGCUUUUAAAAUUGUUAAUGGAUAAAAUAUGAGAAUUGUGAUAUUUAAUAAUCAUGUGCAGUCUGUUGUUAUGGUAAAUGUCUAAAAUGUAAUGAUGAAUUUACUUUAGAUAUUGAUAAAUGUAUAUCAAUUUUUGGAGAUGGAUUAGUCAAUACAUAAAAAGAAGAAUGUGACAAUCCAUAGAAUGUAGUAUUAUUUCCAAUAAAUGAGCAGAUAGAAAAAAUAUAUUUUUAAUGAUUAAAGAGAAACCUUGAAGGAAAUUAAAUGA